ACCGUGUGCGGAGCUUUUUAUUAAAUGCUCUUCCCUCCCUUUCUUUUCUAAAAUUUCUCUGUUCCUUUUCUUGUUAUCUUUGUUAUGGCCGAGUUUUAGACGACGGUGAGUUUUGGCUUCCGCCCCAGUUUUUAACCGACGAUGACUUUUUCGUCGACGGAGAUAAGGCUACGAAUAACACCAAGAAUCCUAAGGAAGGUGAAUCUUUGUUUCCCUACGAGUUCCCUGGCGGGUUUGGGUCUUUCGGGUUUUCUUUGGAUCCAAGUUCUCCUGGGGAGUUCGUUCUAGGUUCUACGGAAACGGAGAGUGAGAAGACUACCUUUCUGGGUAUCUCGUCAAAUAGCUCACUCCACUCUCGAGGACGAUUCCCACCGAACCAACGCCUCUGAAAAUCCCAAGGGAUUUUUUCUUUCUAGUUCACCGCAAUCGACCCUAUGUGCGUUACCGAGUGGUUGUGGCUGCAAGGAAGGGUCUAUACGUGGAAGCCCAAACUCAAUCUCGGGUUUCUUCUCCUCCGGCAACUUGGGACCUGCUUAUGCAGCGGCCGGGGAAGUAGAAAGGUUGCGAAUGAACGAAGAAACUUAUGGAGGAUUCAACAACAGAGUCCUUUUUGGUCCACUGCUAGAAAACACUAUUUGAACCUUAAUGCCUCUGGCUUUUACCCUCAACAGUCGCUUUCUCACAUAAGCUGCGGACCACUCAUUUCCAACAGCUGAAAGAACAGCAGCUAAUGAAACAGCAAAACGCGUUGGCCUGGGUUGAAGAAGAAGCAGCAGAACCAUGUGGUCAAAACAGAGUAGACUAUGGUAAUGGAACUUUGGGUUUGUCCCCUCUGCAUGGCCACCUCUGCAACCGCAACAACAGCCACCAAACGGGUCGGGUAUGGGCUGUUUUCUUGGCCAUCCAAAUGGGAAAAAAUCAGUGUGCUGGAACGGGUGUUUUCCUACCUCGGCGUGUUGGAAACUCGUCUGAACCCCGCAAGAAGCCAGCUUUCCCUGCUGUUUUGGUUCCUGCUCGAGUGGCUCAGGCAUUGAAUUUGAAUCUCAAUGAGGUCGGAGCCCAAACCCAACCUCACCAUCCUUGGCUUCGGAAUGGUGGGAAUCGUUUCGGAAAUCAAAGGCUGAGAAAUCAGGCCACAACAAGAAAUCAGUCGAGAAAUCCGGUUACCCAGGAGUGGACUUACUGAUGACUCAUUGCAUGCAGGUUGUUUACUAAUUGAUCUGUCGGUUGGGUAGAAAUUUUAAGGUUAGAAAAAGGAUAAAGGGGAACAAAUUUGAUAGUUUGCUAUAGAAAAGUAGUACUACAGUGGUGUAUAGGUUUUAAGAGCAGGAUGGAAAUAAAGAUGGUUUUUGGUUAGGGUUUAGGUCCAAAAAUAAAGGAUUUGUAGUUUCUGCAAUGGAUAGCACAGCCAAAGCUUUUGUUCGUUUGGUUGAAGGCUACUAGGGAAGAACAGUAAGUUAUGGGUUUGUAAUUCCUGGUAUUUGAGUCGAUCAGAGUUGUGGAUUUUGCUGGAAAAUGUUAAUGGAAUGGAAGUGUAAAGGCUCAUAUUUUUAAUGAAAGUUAUAUUUAAA